CGUUUUAAAAGCAAAGGAGAACAGAGUUCUGGGCCUUCAUUAAUUAAUUUGCUAGAGGUUUAAAAGGGGGGAAAAACCUGUGGAUUAUUAUGCUCACGACUUGGAGCAUCUUAAGUCUUCAGUAAUAUCCCCCUUCUCAACGAUGUCGUUCUAGCUAGCUAGUUCUCUCACUUUUUUAUUCUCCUUUCACACUUGGAAUUCGAGAGAGGAAAGAAAUAUAACCAGGGAAAUGGGAAGGGCUCCUUGUUGCUCCAAGGUUGGCUUGCAUAGAGGACCGUGGACUCCCAGAGAAGACACGUUGCUUACCAAGUAUAUUCAAGCUCACGGUGAAGGCCAUUGGAGGUCUUUGCCUAAAAAAGCUGGUCUCCUCAGAUGUGGCAAAAGUUGCAGGCUAAGAUGGAUGAACUAUCUAAGACCAGACAUCAAGAGAGGAAAUAUCACCCCUGAUGAGGAUGAUCUCAUUAUUAGAAUGCAUUCCCUACUUGGUAACCGGUGGUCUCUCAUUGCCGGAAGGCUUCCAGGUCGAACCGAUAAUGAGAUCAAGAAUUACUGGAACACUCAUCUCGUUAAGAGACUUAGAAGCCAAGGAAUUACUGACCCCGGCACCCACAGAAAGUUAGCAGAACCAGGAGAACGUGAAGUGAAGAGAAGGAGAAGUAACAAAAACACCAGUAACAAGAAACAAAACAAAAGCAAAGCAAAACUAAUUUUGCCUGCUGAAAAGCAUAAGGUCCACCUCCCUAAACCUGUUAGGUUUACCUCUUUACCUUUACCAAGAAAUGACAGUUUUGAGAGCAAUACAAUUACUAUUUCUCCAAGCCAAGGAAGAGAUCAAGGGUCUUUCGGUACCGGGGAUAGCUUUCUUGUUGGAGAUAAUGAUCGAUACGGUCUUGUUAAUGGUUCAGAUCUUGAAUGCCAGUCUCCUGUGCCUACGACAAACACAUUAGAGAAGCUGUAUGAGGAGUAUCUUCAGCUCCUGGAGAUAGAUGAUCGUCAGGAUCAAGUACUAUUAGACUCCUUUGCCGAUUCAUUGUUGGUAUGACAAUUAAUUUCAAGAAAAUGUAAUAAUUUAUCCAUGCAUGAUCAGAUGUAAUAUACUUUCAAGUUUCGUGGAUGAUGAGCUUGAUUGACUCGUGGUUUUCACGUGCUUACGUUCUAGCUUAGCUGGCCAGCCGAUCGAGGAUGGAGUUCGAGGGUCCGAUUCUAUGUUUAAUAAAUAAUUUGUAAUUAGAUAAUGAUUAAUGAUAUGUAUGAUAACGAUAUGCGAGGAAA